AUGGAGAUGGAACCAAGUCUGCCGAAAUCGGAGGUACUGCAGCCAGGCACCGACUGUAGAUUCACCACCAGCACCCUCGUCCUUGAAGCGCAGCGUGAUAGACUCGGGUUUAAUGACAACAUCGAGCCAGACGACGAGGGUGACGGGGAGGGCGAAUCCACACAGCCCCCCGAGGAGCAAACUGCGGCCCUAAGACCCCUAAACGCCCGGGAGCGCGCGGCUUGUUAUAGCCUAAACGAUGACCUUACAGACGGCAAGCUGCCCCUGGUCCGGUCCAGAUUCUCUAGCCACCAUUUCUCCAUCGUCAUCUGCGAUGAGGGUCAUGUGCUCAAGAAUGCUGAUUCCAAGGCACAUCAGCUCGUUGCGGACAUACAAAAGGACGCACUGCUGAUCUGCACCGCGACCCCAAUGCUCAACCACCCAGCUGACAACCUCAGCUACCUCCGCUUUGGGUUUUCGUGGCUUCCUGAAAUCCCCUGGCUCCCCGACGACCUGGACAUCAACUCACUGUACGCCCCUGAGUUUGAUAUCGACCGGGAAGUGCUUGCACAGCAACUAAAUGCCUAUUUCCAAGAAUUCUCCCCCCGAUUCUCGAUCCAACGAACCCUCUCUCCAACAACAACUAAUUCUGCUAGCUCCUUCUGGCUUAUGCCCAGAGCACAAUCAGACAUUUAG